CAGCGGAAACAAAAGCGCGUGCUCUAGAGCGUGCCGACUACAACCGGGCGGAACGAAACGUGGCUUAGUGGAGACAUUGGGCAAUGCAAAACACAGACACGAGGUCUGCGCAGGCGGGUGAAACAGUGAAGAUCACAAAAGACAAACGCUGCGUACGGGUAAAUGGAAAGCCAUUUAAUGGUUGUCUUGCUGACACAAAUCACUAUAAAACGUCCUUUUCACCGGACCUGUUUUUGCAGCUCCAUUCUGUCUGGCCCCUAUUGAUUGGCCACCUGUCAUUAAGACGGGACAUAGGCUGUGUCAGCUUUUACAGCAGGUCUGAGGAGGCAUUCGGUUGAUAGGGGCGACAUGCCCCAUUAGUUAUGAGCUAAUAAAAGCACAGAGACCCGGGCAGCAGAAGAGAGGUAUAGCAAAUAAUCACAUCAAUUGCUUGAAAUGGCUUUAAGAUCAAUGCAAAUGCAAUUGGCAAACUGAAAUACUAUAAAACUGGACUAUCUUUUUUUUUUUUUUUUUUUAAAUGGACCUGUACUUACAGCUGGUCACCUGGAAUUAAGACUUCGGCCUGAAUGCAAAGCUUAUAAGUAUUGGGCUAGAUAUUUCUUUAGGAAAACUCUUGUGCUUGUUUCAUAAACAAAAUGUGUUUUAAAAUAAAUGAGUUUUCUUAGGUUUGCGAAACCAAGGGCUCGUGUUGCCAGAGAGCACACUGUCAUGCGCUACAGAUUGAUAUGCAGGUGCAAAUGUAAAUAUACUACGUGAGGUCUGUUGUUAACAAAAGAAGAAGAAGGGCGACCUCUGUUGGACAAAAUGAAGAAGUGCCUCUUUGCUGCGUAGCACGAGAAAAAAUAAUUAUAAUAGAGCCUAAAGCGCGUCUUGAAUUUAAAAAAAUCUUGUAGUUAUGAUAAAGUAGCAGUAGUUUUGUUUACAGAAAGAUCUCUUAAUAACUAGGUAUCUAUCUAUUAACCUACACAUCUGUGACUUAUAUCUGCAAAUGCAUGAUCCUACUGCUUCAAAAUUCAAAUUGGCAUUUUAAUAUUCUAAGCUGAAGCAUUUAUUAUAGUCUACAUCUACACCCGCUUUUAAAAAAGAGAAUACCUUAACCCACGACUGCAGAUAACAGGAAGGGAGUGUUUGGGUGUGAUGACCUCAGUGCUGAACACACAUAUACACACAGUCGGCUGGGGAGUCAAAAAGUAAACAUUGCUCAGCCAAGCCAAGGUGGCAGACACUGGGACAGCUCUCCCUGCAGACAUUACCUUCACCCGAGACGUCGCCUCUCCUUAUUAACGGAUGACUUCGUGUGCGCGGCAGGGAUCUCAUGUGCCAUUUUCGCCCUCUGCCCUUUCUGGGUAAUAUGAAACGGCGCACAUCGCAGGACCUCUGGUGAUGUGGUCAGCAAGAAACAACUCUUAGUUCCUGAGGCGCUGAGAUGGCUGACAAGGUGGACCCUGGCCCGGCUGGAAGGCCCGAGCAGCCCAGCACCAGGCAGACGUAUCGCAGCAGCAGCCGCUCACAGCUGCUGUUAGACGGGCUGCUGGCUCUCCGCCACGGCGGGAUUCUGUUUGACGUGGUGCUGCUGGUGGAGAACAGGCCCAUUCAAGCUCACCGUGUCCUUCUAGCUGCCUCCUGCGACUACUUCAGAGGUAUGUUCGCUGGGGGGUUGCGGGAGAUGCAGGAGACUGAGAUCCCCAUCCAUGGUGUCACGUUCACAGCCAUGACCAAGCUCCUAGACUUCAUCUACACAUCAGAGCUGGAGCUGGACCUGGACACGGUGCAGGAGGUGUUGUGUGCGGCCACGCUCCUGCAGUUCCACGAUGUGAUUGGCUUCUGCUGUGAUUUCCUGUUCUCCUGGCUGGACGACGACAACCUCCUGGAGGUGGAGAAGCUGGCCGACUCCUACGGACUCGAGCAGCUGGGGGAGAAGGUGCGCUCGUACCUCCUGAAGAACAUCCGGACCUUCUCGCGCACGGCCGUCUACCGGCAGCUGCCCGCCGAGAAGGUGCUGCGAGUGCUGUCCAGCGACGAGCUGGAGGUGAGCUCGGAGAGCGAGGUGCUGGAUGCCGCCCUGCAUUACCACUUCAGCCCCGAGCAGGUGGAGAAGGACGAGGCUUGCCUUCAGGUGCCUGUGCCGAUGCUGGAGGCCGUGCGCUUCUGCCUGAUGGAGAAGCUGAGGUUGCAGCAGCUCCUGAGGGACCUGGCGCCGUGCCCUCUGCGUGAUGCCGUCUCCGCCGCGCUGCGCUACCAGAGCCAGGAGCUGUGGCAGCCCGUCAUGCAGAGCCCGCUCACCCAGCCGCGCGCCACCUCCCACUGUAUUCUGGGAUUCGGAGGCAUGUAUGCGUCGGCCGUGCUGGCCGACUGUGAGGAGCGCUUCCAGGCCCUGCACGGCUCCUGGGAGCAGUGGCGGGUCCUGGGCGCCGAGCGGGGCCCCCGCAUGUCCAACAUGGGCGUCGCUGUCCUCAACAACUUUGUGUACCUGGUGGGCGGAGACAAGAACACCAGCAGCUUCCGUGCCGAAGCCCACUGCUGGAGGUACGACCCUCGCCACAACGCCUGGUGUAACAUCAAGCCGUUGCAGCAGCAGCACGCGGACCACUGCGUGUGUGUGCUGGGCGACCACAUCUACGCCAUCGGCGGCCGCGACUACAGCACCGAGCUGGACUGCGUCGAGCGCUACGACCCGCGCACCAACACCUGGGAGUAUGUGGCGCCGCUCCGGCGAGAGGUGUACGCCCACGCAGGCGCAGUGGUGGAUGGGAGGAUCUACGUGGCGUGCGGCCGGCGCGGCAUGGCCUACCUGAAGGAGACCUUCUGCUACGACCCCGCGGAGGGCCGCUGGAGUGAGCGUGCCAACGGCCCCGUGGAGCGUGCCUGGCACGGCAUGGCGGCCCACGCCGGACGCGCCUACGUCAUCGGCGGCAGCAACGAUGGCUGCGGAUACAGACGUGACGUGCUCAAGGUGGCGAGCUAUAACCCCGAGGCGGACUUGUGGUCCGUGGUGAGCCCGCUCCCGGCGGGGCAUGGGGAGCCGGGCAUGGCUGUUCUGGACGGCCGCAUCUACGUGGUGGGCGGCCGCUCCCACGACAAAGGCUGCCGCAUGCGCUACGUACACGUGUACGACCCCGAGGAGGACGCCUGGUCCAGCGGGCCCGCCCUGCUGGAGCGUGUGUCGGGCCUGGCGGCAUGCGUGGCGCUGGUUCCCCGGGCUACCUUGGCCCGGGCGGGGCCGGCCGGGCACAGAGCCAAAUCUCAGCGCCGUACCACCGUGGACUGGGACAACUCGGACGACUCCAGCGAGGAUGGGUGAAGGCGAUAUUUUGGGGUGGGGGGUGGGGGGUGUUAGGUGGGCUCUAUUUCAGGGAUCAACAAACGUGCCACUCUCUCACCAACGUCCAGCCCACGAUGGGGCGUGACCAAGACCUUUUUACGCCUGUGCAUGUGCUUGCAGUGCAAUGCCCAAAUCUGACGGGCGUUUAGAUCGUUGGUCAGUUCUGCUCUGCCUGAGUGUCUGCCUUUGGGUGCUGCGUCAGUGGGGGAGAUUAUGUUUAAGGAAGAAGGGUCAUGACCAGCACUUUAAUCUGCAUCUGUAUUUAGCACCUUUUUUUGGGGGGGGGGGGGUCCACAGCACUGUUUGUAAUUACAUCAACACUUGUCUUGCGUGUAUAUGCUUGCGCAUCACUUUGAACAGUUUUAAUGAGUUUACACACACCACUGCUUUUGCGUGUGCACAAACCAUUUUCCUCACACAUUCCGUGCUACUGAACUCGUUUAAACACCUGCUGUAAGCAAACUGUUGGGAACGAUACACACACAGUGACGCAUGCACCAGUAACGCCGUGAGGUUCCACGGGCAAGUGAUUGACCCAUUUGUAGCGGACACUGAAAGUUCAGGUUGUGUUCAGACAGUGGUACGCUAAGGGUGGACUUCACUUUCAGCCUCCCGUCACCCUUCCAAGCUUCCAGCGAUCCCUCGGGCCUGGCGACCUUCUGACCUUGGCCCAUUCCACUUAGCGCUGCCAAAAGCAAAGAAAAACAAAAACAUCGGAAUCUUUUAACGGCAAACGAAGCGUAAACAGCUUGAUUGUGAGGAACGUUGAGGGUGUGAUUCCCGAGCAACACGAGCAGAACCCCCUUUUGCGGUGCGUGGACGUGCCAUCUUUUUGUGUUCCUUUCUUCUAAUUUUUUUCUCCACAGCGUGCCAUCGGUCUUGCCCAUUGCAGGCCAUCACGAUAACGUUGCUAUCGCUGCACAUUAACAGAAGCGCAUGGGUCACUGUACCUUUGCCAUUGCCUGCCAAACUCUGAAUGGCCAGGAGAGGUGAUCUUACUGGGAUUGUGGCUUCCAGCACUCCCAGUGCAGUUAUUAACAAAUGUCCUCCUAAGACCUUCAGGAA